AUGGCGACAAUGCACGAGACCUCGCCGGAUAAAAUCGAAAUCAAAGGCAGUGCAAAUGCGGGAAUUGAUAUCGAAAGAACUGCAACUACGGCAACUGAUCAGCAUGGCGACUGCAAGGAGAUACCCUCUGAGUCACUUACGGCGGGCUACCACCGGUCCCUCACCAGACGCAAGGUCAUGAUGAUGACGUUUGGCGCUGGCAUUGGCACUGGACUUUGGGUGGGGACUGGUCAAGCAUUGCAUUAUGCUGGUCCUGCUGGAACUGCUGUGGCAUACACACUUACUGCUGCGCGAUUCAGUAUCAUUGUUUAUGCCCAAUAUUCCUCGAUCGGCGAAAUGACAACGUACAAGCCAGUUCACGGCGGUUUUAUUCGCCAAUGCAUUGAAUAUAUUGAUCCAGCUUGGGGAUUCGCGAUUGGAAUGAACUUUUGGUUUGCCUGGGUGAUGAUCAUCCCAGCCGAAAUUACAGCAGCAGUCUCGGUCCUUCAAUUCUGGCCAGAGACGAAUGCGAUCCCUCUUGCUGCAUAUAUCACGAUAUUCCUGGUCGUCAUCGGCAUUGGUAAUACAUUCCAUGUCAGAAUCUACGGAUACAUCGAGUACUAUAUGUCUUUCAUCAAAUGCCUGGCAGUUAUAUUGAUGAUCUUCUUCAUGUUCAUCAUGACUUCGGGUGGUAUCGCGGCUACCAAUGGACCGAUCGAGUUCCGCUACUGGAUAAACCCUGGCGCGUUCAAGAAUGGAAUUAAGGGAAUAGCCAAGGCCUUUGUGCAAGCCGCAUUCAGCUUUGGUGGAGGCGAGCAUAUCGCUGUUAUUGCCGGAGAAGUCGCAAACCCACGACAGACCAUUAAAAAGACCGUACGACCUGUCUUCUGGCGCAUGUUCACUUUCUUCGUUGUGAACAUCUGGCUGGUGGGAAUGUGUGUCCCAAGUGAUGAUACUGAUCUCGCAACGGCAAGUGGAACACUGGGAAGUCCUUUUGUGAUAGCCAUCAGGCGUGCAGGUGUCUAUCCAUUGGCACAUGUUAUAAACGGCUUCAUUUUCCUCAGCGUGAUCUCUUGUGGUAUAACAAGUGUAUACGUGGCGUCGCGCAGCUUGACAGCAAUGGCCGACAUGAACAUUAUUCAUCCCUUCUUCGGGAGGAAGGAUAAGCAGGGUCGGCCGUAUGUUUCUAUCAUCAUUAGCUUGGGGUUAGGUGGUGGGCUAUGUUAUCUCAACGUGAACAGUAUCGGUGUUGUUGUUUAUGGCUGGUUCUCAUCUCUGGUUGCCAUUGCGACUCUAUUCGAAUGGUCAUCAUGCUACAUUUCCCACCUCAGGUUCCGUCAGGGGUUGAAAGCACAAGGAAAAGAUCUUCGCACCCUUCCUUUCCAAGGCUUCCUCACCCCAUGGGCUCAAUAUCUCAGCCUUAUAAUUGUCGUUUUCAUUUUCGGCUGCGAGUUCUACCUGGCCUGUUGGCCAUUUGGCGGAAAGGGCUCAGUGAAAAGCUUCUUCUCAAGCUAUCUUGCUGCGCCGCUGUUUUGCUUCGACUACUUUGCGUAUAAGGACCAGUUUUACUACAAGACAAGGAUUGUCAAGCCAAAGGAUAUGGACUUUACUGAGGCUCAUUACUUUGAUGAGGAGGAGCGUCUGGAGGAGCUGGCUGAGCAGGAGAGGGAGGACCUGAACAAGUCAGAGACUUGGUUCAAACGAGCACGUUACUUGAUAUUUGGUUAG